UUGCAUUUCAGCUACUUGUGUAACUAUCUUGGCCAGGUCAUUCUCGCUUUUGGCAGUCCUUGUUCAUCGCAUACAUUGAUUGAUGUGCAGCUUGUCAGACUUCACACGCAUUCUUCGACCUCAUAAUUCUCCGUUAAAGGGGGAGAUUUAGAUUGCCUUGGCUUCCUCUCAAAUCGUGAAUCACCACCUGCUGCUCUUUCAGGCCCAAGUCAGGGUUGGCGGAUGACCUUGCCAAUCAUUUCAUUCAUCAGUCCGUCAUUUUGUUGGUUAUUGUGUCUCUGACUAGUAAACAACUCUCCCCGAGCUCCGGCCGCCGUCUAUCACGUGUGAUCUAGCUGGACCGGCUGUCCCCGGCACCAAGAAGACGACCAGCACGGACCAGCCCCCGCCACCAGGACCAAACACCGUGAUCAGAAGGACGUGAUCAUGGCUGACCUUGGCCAGGGUGAUUACUGUGCACUGUUCACGGUGCUCCCCGUCGAAGUCCGACUCCAUAUAUACGAGGCGCUGUUCGAAGGGUCCGAGGUCAGGUACAAGAAGAAGCACACGGUUGGGAGCCGCACACAGCUCAGCAUCUUGCAGCCUAGCGACCACCACAACUUCCUGCUCACCUGCAACCAGGCAUACGACGAGGCCAUCAAGAUCUACUGGAGCAAGACCACGCUCUAUGGCGACCCUGAUGACGACGAGUUAACGUUCUUUCUCGGUUGUAUUGUGCCGGACAUUGCCAAGCCGUACAUCAGGCAUAUCCGAGGUCUCAACAGUGGCGAGCUACCCGACCGUCCCCUCCAGGAAUGCCUGGAGGACUACCAGAGGCUGCAGACCAUUGGGUUCGAAGAGGAGGGGCUCAUUGAUAUCGCCUCCCUGGGAGACCACGGCGCGUCUCCCACGAUGGAGGACUGGGUAGAGGAAAAUUGCAGGGCUCAGUCCUCGUGGAAAUUUUCCAGCAUCCUCCGCGACGCUGGGCCGACGGUGGUGUUUCGCGGGGUCUACAGGCUUGACGUUGAGGACUUUAGCCCUGAACUUCUGGAGGAGAAGUUCCCUCACACGAUUGAGGAUCUUCAAAACGAACGCAAGAUCUGCUUUUAUAACUACAGCACAGACUGGGGCUUCUUCGCUGAUGACUUCUGUGAUCAGAAGGACUUGGAGGCCGGUUUCGCAAAGGUCCUUGAAGACGAAACGUUUGAAGAGAAAGAUUAUAGAGAGGUGUUUGGGGAGGAUGUAGCAGGACCUCAUGAGUAGUUAAUGUCAGAGACGAUCUACCAG